UGGCCAGAUGUGUUUUCUGUUUGUGGCCAGUUAGCAAAAGGUUCAUGAAGGAGCUACUCGGUGUUUUCCGGACUUCACAUUAGACGCUGCUACCGCUGUGCGAAAUGUACGAGAAUGUGCACUCAAGAGGUUUCUGUCUAAUUUUGAGCUCACUUUUAAAGCGAUUCGACCGCGUAUUUAAAUUACUCCCGACAGAGAGCUAAGAUACAACAUCUGCCUUUUCCCUUACGACGCGUGCUGUUAUUAGCUCGUUAAAUAUGAUGUAAGCUGCGAAAUGCGACGAGAGGAGAAGCACUUUGUUCCGUUUCGGUUUUCAUUCCUCUGAUGCUCCUGCUGGCUUUGACUUAGCUCUCCAUUGUCACCUGAUUACAAGAGGAAAUCGACAUCAAGGGGAAAUCUAUUUGGUGUAUCUCCGCCAGGGGUAACAUAUAACUUUAUGAACGCACAAACAUGUGAUAGGGUAUAAAAAGUGUGUAUAAAGACCGUAACAUGUGAGAAAGGGAACCGAAAACAGGUCUGUCGGCAUUCAGCUGUGUUGAACUGCUCCCAGCGUCGGAAACCCGUCUGACUCCAGCUGAUGAGCUGAACUUAUUUAAGCUUCGUCACUGUCGGAUGAAGGCGCGUGAGGAGGUUGUCGUGUGAACGGGUUUGUGUGCGCGAGCCGUCAUGUCGGACACGCAGAGGUCUCUGCCGGCCCUCAGGGCGCUCAGCUACGCUGUGGGCCACUUUCUCAACGACCUGUGCGCCUCCAUGUGGUUCACUUACCUGCUGGUGUUCUACCACUCGGUGCUGGGCUUCCUCAACACGAACGCAGGUGUGCUGCUGCUUGUUGGCCAGGUAGCUGAUGCUAUCUCUACGCCUCUCAUUGGUUAUGAGUCUGACCGGACACCUGGAUGUGGAAACUACGGCAAGAGGAAGACAUGGCAUUUAGUUGGUACACUGAGUGUGCUGCUGUCCUUCGCCUUCAUCUUCAACCAGUGCCUGGGCUGCAGCGCUCUCACCCCUCAGUGGGCCAGUCUGACCUACUUCGUCCCGUUCAUCAUCGUCUUUCAGUUCGGCUGGGCCGCCACUCAGAUCUCCCACCUGUCUCUGAUUCCGGAGCUGGUCACCUGUGAGCACGCUAAAGUAGAGCUCACUGCGUACAGGUAUGCGUUCACAGUGAUAGCCAACAUCACAGUGUAUGCAGUGGCUUACCUGCUGUUCCACGUCCAGGCCGGACAGGACGACGACCCGCUGCUCAGUGAUGCCCUUGGACCAGCAGAUGUCCACAUCUUCAGGAACCUGGCGCUGAUUGUUCUGGGCAUUGGCGCCCUCUUCUCCCUCUUCUUCCACGUGGGAACGGUGGAGCGGAGGCCUGCCACGGGAGGCGAGGCUGGAGGAGAGGAGGGGAAGAGGAGGAUGGAGGAGGAAGAGGAGGAGGGAGAGCGGAGGCCCCUGCUUCCUCGCCCUCAGGCCCUCUCAUCUCUCCUGCAGUGGAAAUGUUGGCUGCAGCAGCCUUCUUUUUACCAGGUCGCCUUGCUCUACAUGUCCACCAGGCUAAUAGUCAAUCUGUCUCAGACCUACAUCUCAAUGUAUCUCAUCAACACUCUGGGUCUGCCCAAGAAGUUCAUCGCUACCAUCCCAUUAGUGAUGUACCUGAGUGGCUUCCUGUCCUCCUUCAUCAUGAAGCCCCUCAGUAAACUCAUUGGGAAAUGUCUCACCUACUUCGUGGGCCUGCUCCUGAUCCUGGCCUUCGCCUGCUGGGUGCUGCUGGACGAGAGCAUGGGUCAGCGGGUGUAUGGGGCCGCUGUGCUGCUGGGGGCGGGGUCAGCCACGAUCCUGGUCAUAUCGCUCGCCAUGACCGCCGAGCUCAUCGCAGAUCAGACGCAAAGUGGAGCGUUUGUGUAUGGAGCCAUGAGUUUCACUGAUAAGUUAGCUAACGGAGUGGCUGUGAUGAUCAUUCAGGCCCUGCAUCCAUGCCACACUGUGAUGUGCUGUCCAGCCUGUGUGUGGUUCUAUCAUAACGUCAUGGUCAUAGUAACGGGAGGCGUGGCGGUCGUCGCAACUUUGGCACUGUGCUCCAUCCUCAUCUGGCCAAUCAGGAUCAGACCACGUGGUCUGCCAGCCAUGUCUGAGGAUGAACCCAGAGUCAACUAACGGCCCCUGUCCCUCCCCCUGUCUCUGCACCUGUCUCAGCGGGACAGAAGAGCUUUCACUUCUGUUUCUUUUGAAGAUUCAUCUUUAGUUUUUCAGGGAGGAGCAGUCGGGGAUUUCCUGACCGGCUGCUCACUGGAGCACUUAAUGCAGCCCUUCUGCUAAAGGUACAGGAGUUACCAGGGAAACCAAAGGAACUGAGAAGGGAGAUUUUUUUUUUAACUUUAUGCUUAACUGACAGUUGCAGCCAUUUUCAACCUUGAUCUUGUUAUCCCAUCAUUUUCCAAAAAAACAAAAAACAAAAAAAGACUCAGUACGGGUUUAAACUGGAGCUGAAACGAUAGCUCAGUUCACUUUGAGCUUUGGAAUUAAUCGACAGCUUUUUCUUUUCAACACUUUAAUUUAUUCAUUUUUAUCAGUUUAGCAAUAUGAUAUUAACAGUAGAAACAGCAGCAAUGACGAGGACAAGACAAAGACAACAAACAUGAUGGGACAGUUGCAGUCUUCCCAUGUUGAGAGCAACAUGAAGCCAGAGUGUACAGCAAAGACACAAGAAUCAGGGCAAAAAUAAUGAACUAAAAUAUAACUAAAACCUUAUUAAGACCAUCAUUUAAUAAAAGGAAAAGCACUCAAAAUAAUAAAAAGGGCAGAAUAUGUUAGUGCUGAGUAGACUUUAGCUGUCUAGAUGCUGGAAAGGGUCGACUACACAUCAUUAAUGAAGGGAGCGCUAUUAUUUUUUUGGAAGUGAUCCAUUUAAAAUGAAUUUCAGUUUCUGAAUUUGAAGACAAUCAGCAACUAUUUUAUCAUCUUUAAAAUGUCGUGCAUUUUUCUUUCUAGAAGCCUGAUUUUAUUUCCAUAGAAACCAACCGACACACAGGGCUACAAGACAGCAGCGCUCUGCAUUAAAAGAAUCAGAGAUCUUUGAUCGUUUGUGUUCCUGACGUGCAGCAGAGUCGUGACCUGUGAGCAUCAACAGGCUUGUUUGUUCUGAUUGAUUUUCUGUGGGGAGCUGCACAGUGUGGUGAAGCAGUUAAAGGAAUGUCGAUUAUACAGAACUUUGGAAAAUGAUGAGAAGACAGGCUCCAGGUCUUCAGUGAAACUUUAUGUCAUUGCAUGUCUGCUGUAUACAGAGUGUGAGAGGAAAGACAGGAAGCACACUGACAGGUAGAGUUACCUCACAUGAUCGAAGCAACGGCCCGCCUCGUGUGGGUCGCUCCAAAAAGGGAACUGUUCUCCUGCUGCUUCGCUGACACACAACAGAGCCAAGAAAGGAUGAUGAAGGGAAGCAGGUGCAGUGUGAGGUUCAAGUGAUUCAGCAACACCAAAGAAGAAGCACGGCCCAUAUUUCAAAUCCAGCUGAUGUCCUGACAGCGCCUGGCAACAUGAGCUCGUUAGUUACGCUGAUGUGACAGACUUUCAAAGUGGAAUGCUUCGUGAAAGGCUCGCUCCACUACAUUUAGUUCCAGAGAAUGACCCAUUAACAAACCACUACAUCUACAGUCGCACAGACUGAAAACUGACCUGAAGUCUGUGCAGGAAAGAAAGGAGAACCGAGGCCUUGCUGCCACACACAGACGGCACUUAAAGCACUCGUAGCAAACGAGAGGCUAUGAGAACUUACCUCAAACGUUACUGCAGGAGAAACCUGGAGACGAGCUCGCUGGGCUCUCCUCAGUUGACAUCAUGCACUCGCUAUUCUGGCUAAGAGCUUUGCAGUGUUUCACCCUCUGCUGAGGCUCAUUUAAAAGACACAGUGGACAUAAGGGAUACUGGGGUAACUAAUGUUUGUGCCUCAUCGUUGUGGAUCAUUUAGAUAAAGCACUCUUAUUUGGGUUUUGUCCCUCUUGGAACAACAACUCAUUCUUAUGAGAUAUUUGUGUUGUAAUCAUUUUUCACCUCUUUAUAAUCAGACCAAAUGGAAAAUAAGAAUAUUUUUUUAUGAUCUAAAGAAACUUGAAUUGCAGUAUCGUAUUUGAUAGAAAAGAACUUUAAAGGGAUCAGUGCUCUAAUGUGUGUACACUUACAAUGUGUGAAUACUAAAAUAAGGGAACCGUGGUGGUGAAUCAUCAGAGCAGGUACUGAUGUUUGGCAGGAGCUGUGUUCAUGUUUCACCAAUGCUCUGCACAUCUCUCUGUGACCUCUGUGAUGAGCUCUCAUUUCAACCAUGACUUUAUGUUUUUACUUCAUUUUUAUAUCUUUGUCACACCGGUGACUUCUAUGAUUCUGUGUGUGUUGGUGUUGUUUCAUAAAGAGACACUCAUUAAAGAAGUCUCCCGA